GUACGUAAGGAAAGUUCACACUCUGAUAGGUGAGAUUCUGUGAAGCUAGCAGGUGGUACAUCUUGUGAAGAAGUUCAUAGAGAUACUCAGCACUUCUAAACCCACCAGUCUGAGAAGACAAAGACCCCAUCACACUCUCUCUUACACUCUCUCAAACACGUUCUUUGACAACAUGGCUGCCACAUCUCUUCUGCUCCUGCUCAUCACUCUCUGACCUGCUCCAGGGCUCACAGCUUGUCAAAACUACCCCGAAGAGUGAAGCUGUGUAGCAGAUCCCUCUCCCUAAGAAAGACCAGGACAUCAAGGCCAAAUCCUUCUGUACCUUGGCAUGGUGAAUGCCACAAAUAGGAGGCUCUGCAAACCCACACCUUCUGGAGGUGAAUGUCACUGAUGUAGACACAAGUUCCUGCCAGAGACCUUAGGGGAAAACUGGCACCACAACCCUGUCUAUGAUAUGUGCCAGGUGGUACACCUGCUGAUUACAAAGGUGUUUGCAAGGGAGAUUCAGGAGGUCCUCUGUUGUGUAAGGGGACAGCAGUAGGAGUUGUCAUUCAACCAGCAAGGAAACUGCGAUGAGCCACAGAAGCCCAACAUCUACACCAAAAUAUCCAGGUGUGAUCCUGUGAAGCUAAGGUGGUACAUCCUGUGGAGUUCAGAGACACUCUGCACUUCUAAACCCACCAGUCUGAGAAGACAAAGACCCCAUCACACUCUCUUACACUCUCUCAGACACGUUCUGACACACUCUUUGACAACAUGGCUGCCACAUCUCUCCUGCUCCUGCUCAUCACUCUCCUGCCUGCUCCAGGGCUCACAGCCUACCAGGACUCUGGCAUAGUGAAUGGAGCAGAAGCCACACGCCACUCCAAACCCUACAUGGUCUCUGUACAAGCAAAGAAGUCACAUAUCUGUGGAGGGUUCCUUGUGUCUGAGAGCUUUGUCAUGACAGCCGCCCACUGCUACAAAUGGGCUGUGAAUCUGACGGUUGUGGUUGGUGCUCAUGACAUCACAAGACAGGAAAGUUCUUCUUACAGGAUUGAUGUGAAAUAUUACCACAUACAUCCUGGUUACAAUGCUAAGACAUUGGAGAACGACAUCAUGCUGUUGCAGCGCCAUGCUCAACCAACUGAGCCACACGACCCAUUGUCAUGUGUGAAAACCUUUGACCAUCUUGUCAAAACGACCCCGAAGAGCAAAGCUGUGCAGCAGAUCCCUCUCCCUAAGAAAGACCAGGACAUCAAGGCCAAAUCCUUCUGUACCGUGGCAGGGUGGGGUGCCACAGAAACAGGGGGCACUGCAAACCCACGCCUUCUGGAGGUGAAUGUCACCGUUGUAGACAGACGGUCCUGCCAGAGAUCUUGGGGGAACACUGCCACCAUAACCCCGUCUCUGAUAUGUGCCGGUGGUACCGCUGCUGAUUAUAAGGGUGUUUGCCAGGGAGAUUCAGGAGGUCCUCUGGUGUGUAAGGGGACAGCAGUAGGUGUUGUGUCAUUCAACCAGCAAGGAAACUGUGAUGAACCACAGAAGCCCAACGUCUACACCAAAAUAUCCAAGUAUCUUUCCUGGAUCAAGUCUAUCAUUAAGUAUUAGUUAAUGUCUCAUUCCUUGAGUGACAAUUAUAUAUUGUAUCAAACAAUAAAGGAUGUCCGUUCUUCAAUGAGCUCUGUACCGUGUGUGUGCUCAAGUAGGAUUAGUGUAUAUGCAUGCAUGUGUAUUUUCAGUAACAGCCUCAAGUCAUUUGGAUUACUGUUAGUGCUAUUUGGGGUGUUAAUUGGAUUAAUUCUGACAUUUUAUUGAUUUGUGUUUUUAUU